AUGGCGAGCCCUGCGGGGAAAAGCCACAAAUCAAAGCGAGCUGGGCUGCAAGACCUGCCUCCGAAGCCAAAGCGGCAGCGACUGGAAGCUGUUAAGAAGCUGGACUUUGGUGUAGAUGAUGAGUUGGUUCCUGAGUUCCCCCAGGAUGCUGUUACCCUGCCACCCUACCCAGCGGCACCUGCUGCCCCACAGAGUGCCAGGGGCCUGAUGUUCUCAAGCUUGGACCACCUGGGAAUGAGUGACAUGGUUCCUCUUCAAACCACGCCACCCUCCGAGAAGAAUCCAAAGAGAGUUCUCAAGCGCCCACCUGUCCUGGAGGACUACGUCAACGUGACGUCCACUGAGGGCACCAGGGUCUUUCUGGUUCUGAAGGAAGAACGCUCCAGGACUGGGGUGGAGCUUCCCGACUCCCUGGGCUGGAACGCGCACAGGCCGCUUCACUUGCUGGGGGUACCUUUCUCCUACCUGAAGGAACAAGUGAACGAAGAGCGUCGAAGGCACGUUCUGGAGGCCUCGCAGCAGCUGACAGAGAUCAUAAACAGCUGCCUUGAGAGCCAGGACAGUGAUGAGACCCCGAAGCCUAGCGAGGAUGCGGAGAUGGCGGAUGACGAGGAGGAGUCUGCUUUGCAUUGCCUCUGGGUGGACAGGUUUACUCCCCGGCGCUACACGGAGUUGCUCAGUGAUGAUUACACAAACCGCUGCCUUCUGAAGUGGCUCAAGCUCUGGGACACGGUGGUGUUCGGGAAGGAGAAACUUGUGAAGAAAGCGAAGCCCAGCGCUGAGGCUCCUCCUGUGUCCAAACAGCCCAAGGAGCAGCAGAAUAAGUGGAAAAGUAAGGCCCAGCUCACAGAGGAGAUUCUGGAGGCUGAACUGGACCAGCACAAGAGACCCAAGUACAAGGCAGCGCUGCUGUGCGGCCCGCCUGGUCUAGGAAAGACCACGCUGGCCCAUGUCAUCGCGAAGCACGCGGGGUACAACGUGGUUGAAAUGAACGCCAGUGAUGACCGCAGCCCAGAGGCUUUCAAAACCCGCAUCGAAGCUGCCACGCAGAUGAAGUCAGUGCUAGGUGCCAACGAGAAGCCCAACUGUCUGAUCAUCGAUGAGAUCGAUGGCGCACCCACCGCAUCUGUCAAUGUGCUGCUGAAUAUCCUCAACCGUAAGGAGGUGGAGGCUGAGGCAGUGCCCGGAGUAGGCCGGAGGAGAAGGAGGGAAGGUGGCCUGCUGCUCAGACCCAUCAUCUGCAUCUGCAAUGACCAAUACGUCCCAUCUCUCAGGCAGCUGCGGCAGCAGUCGUUCCUGUUAAACUUCCCGCAGACGGCCCCGUCCCGGCUGGCCCAGCGGCUUUCGGAGAUUGCCCUCAGGCAGGGCAUGAAGGCAGACACAGGAGCCCUCCUGGCUUUGUGCGAGAAGACUGAGAACGACAUCCGCUCGUGCAUAAACACCUUGCAGUUCCUGCAUGGCCGAGGCCAGAAGGAGCUAAGUGUGCAGAUGGUGCAGACGAUGAAGAUAGGCAUGAAGGACCAAAACAAAGGGCUCUUCUCCAUUUGGCAAGAGAUUUUCCAGCUCCCAAAGGUUCAAAGGCACAGGAUAGGAAUGGACCCCGCCUUGCCGAACCAGCUCCUUGGGGGCGACGACGGCUUGCUGCACCUUGGGGUGAAGGCUGGCUUCACGGCCUCGCACAGGUUUCACCGCAUCCUUCACCUCGCCGUCACCACCGGGGAGCAUGAGAAGCUCACCCAGGGCCUGUACGACAACUUCCUCAACAUGAAGCUGAGGGACUCUAGUUUCAGCUCGGUGUGCCUGGCCCUGGAGUGGCUGGGCUUCUCCGAUGUGCUCAGCAGGGUUGUGCUGCAUGGGCAGAGCUUCCAGCUGAUGAGGUACCUGCCUUUCCUGCCCGUGGCUUUCCACCUUCUCUUCGCAGCCUCCAGCAUCCCCCGGCUGGCGUAUCCCAACAGCCAGCACGAGGCCCUGGCCAAGCUGAACCACGUGCAGAACCUCAUCAUGUCCAUGGUCUCGGGGAUAACGCCUGGCGCCCGGAGCCGUGCCGGGCAGCAGGCUCUCGUCUUGGAGGUGCUCUGUUUGCUCUUGGAUAUCAUCGCCCCGAAGCUCCGGCCGGUGAACAUGCAGCUGUACAGCCUCAAGGAGAAGCAGCAGCUCACAGACCUCAUCAACACCAUGCUGGCCUACAACCUCACCUACCACCAGGAGCGCACGCCCGAGGGCCAGUAUGUCUACAAGCUCGACCCGAACAUGGAAGAUGUCUGCAGGUUCCCCGACCUCCCAGCUCGGAGGCAGCUCACCUACCAAGCCAAGCAGCUGAUAGCCAGAGAAAUUGAGCUGGAAAAGAUGAGAAGGAUGGAGGCUUUGCUCCAGGCGCGAAACGUCAGCGAGGAGCCUGGGACUGGCCUUGGUGAAACAGAGGCGAAAGCAGAUGCGAAGCCCGUGGCGCCCCAGACCGCUCUCCGCAACCACGAGCAGCGCCUGGAGCACAUCGUGAGGAAAGCCACCGCAGGCGAGAAGGUGAGGAUGGUGCCGGGUGGCUGAGACCUCCCCACCGCCCAGGGGAGGUGAAUCGAGGCUGCGGGAGAUGCUAGCAGAAGCUUUAUGGAAAGAAUAUGGGAGGAUUGUAGUAGUAUUUAUUUAAGAGAAUGAAGCUGCCUGGUUUGCGCUUUCCCCAUGGGGCGAUGUGCUUCUCCCCCCGCCGCGUGGUGAGCUCGGGUCCCGUGGGGGCAUUUCAACAGCGGGGCCAGCUCUGACGCCGUGUCAAAGCGUGCUGGACCACGCUCUCUUCCCGACUGCGGGCUCCCGAGGAAGAUGAGGCGUCCCGGCUCGCCCGUAAGAGCUAGGAGCAAUGCUGACAUCUCAUCAGCCUCCCAAAACGGAACGAGAUUUCAGCACCCAGGCUUCACUGCUGUUGAGUGCAGAACGGCUUCCACGUUUUUUAACCUAAUUUCUUAGCAGUUCCUACUAUAAAGACUAAUACUUUAUGCUUGAUCUCUCAGCCUUGUCUCAAAGCCCUGACCCUUAGCUGCUGGCACCCACCCUCUCGCCGUUUGUUUCUUUGGCGUAGCCUCUUCCCACAGUAUCUGGUAUUUUAAAAUAGCU